AUGGCCACAAAAGCCACCGGCUCUAAGAAAUACCUCCAGCUGCUCCUUUUUCAGGUCACUCUUCUAGGGCCUGUCUUCUGUGGGAACGUGUUGGUCUGGCCAACGGAAGGCAGCCACUGGCUGAAUGUGAGGAUAGUUAUACAGGAGCUCAUCCACCGCGGGCACAGUGUUACCAUCCUGGUGUCCAACGCUUCCCUCUUCAUUAAACCCAGGGCUGAGGCCACAGAGAAGUUUGAGGUCUAUAAUGUGCCCUUCAAGAAAGACACUGUUGAGAACCUGAUCGAGGAUGUAGUGGCACUGUGGCUGAAUAACAGGCCGACCACCUUGACCUUCUGGCAGUUUUACAAGGAGCUGGGAAAACUGUCCAAAAACUGGCACCAUAUGAACAGGCUAAUGUGCGACGCGGUGCUAACCAAUGAAGAGUUGAUGACCCACCUGCAAGGGUCUAGCUAUGACCUGCUGCUGUCAGACCCGGUGACCCUCUGCGGGGACCUCCUGGCUCUCAAGCUGGCCGUCCCCUUCAUCUACUCACUGCGCUUCUCCCCAGCCUCCACUGUGGAGAGGCACUGUGGCAAGAUCCCAGCCCCACCUUCCUACACGCCUGCAGCCUUGUCUGAGCUCACCGACUGCAUGUCCUUUGGAGAGAGAAUAAAAAACAUCGUGUCCUACCACCUGCAAGACUACAUUUUCCAGAGCUACUGGGGAGAAUGGGAUAUCUACUAUAGCGAGGUCUUAGCUGACAACAGCCACUGGCUGAACAUGGAGUACAUACUCCAGGAGCUUGUGGUCCGGGGCCACAAGGUGACCGUGCUGCUGCCUUCAUGCUUCCUCAUCCUCAACCCCACACAGCCCUCACCCUUCCAGUUUGAGGUGGUUGAGGUGCCUAUCACCAGAAAGGAGAUGGCUACCAUACUGGAAGAAGCUUUCUAUUUUUGGCUUUACCAGGAGAAAGCGCUACCUGUCUGGGAAAAACUUUACAAGAUAGCUCAACAGGUGUACAAGCUGGAGAAUGUAACCAAAAUAAUUUGCAAUGAAGUCCUGAAGAAUGAGGCGCUGUUGGAAAGACUGAGGGCAUCCGCCUUCGACGUCCUCUUGGCAGACCCACUGGCACCCAGCGGGGAGCUGUUUGCUGAGAAGCUGGGCAUCCCCUUCGUGUACACCAUCCGGUUCUCCAUAGGGAACACGGUGGAGCGGCUCUGUGGGACACUCCCAGCACCUCCUUCCUACGUACCAGCCACCACAAGCCGCCUAACAGAUAGGAUGUCCUUCCUGGAAAGACUAAAAAACAUCUUCAGCUACGCUGUACCGGAUAUCAUAUAUCAUUACCUUUUCUGGGGAAGUUGGGACCAAUACUACAGUGAUGUUUUAGGAAGGCCCACAACCCUGUGUGAGACGAUGGGGAAAGCGGAGAUAUGGUUAAUCAGAACAUACUGGGAUUUUGAAUUUCCACGUCCUUUCCUGCCCAACUUUGAGUUCGUUGGAGGACUUCAUUGCCAGCCUGCAAAGCCCUUACCAAAGGAAAUGGAAGAAUUUGUUCAGAGCUCAGGGGAACACGGCAUCAUAGUAUUCUCUCUCGGGUCGAUGGUCUACAACCUAACUGAUGAAAAAAGUAAUGUGAUCGCCAGAGCCCUCAGCCAGCUUCCACAAAAGGUCCUCUGGCGGUACAAAGGAAAAAAACCAGAAACUCUGGGCUCCAACACCAGGAUUUAUGACUGGAUACCCCAAAAUGACCUGCUUGGCCAUCCCUUGACGAAGGCCUUCAUUACUCAUGGUGGGACCAAUGGGAUCUAUGAAGCUAUUUACCAUGGGAUCCCAAUGGUUGGGAUUCCCAUGUUUGCUGACCAGCACGACAACAUUGCUCACAUGAGGGCAAAGGGAGCUGCAGUUGAGCUGGAUUUCAGCACGCUGAAGACACAAGACCUAGUUGAUGCACUGAAUACAGUCAUUAACAAUUCCACCUAUAAGGAAAAUGCUUUAAGGUUAUCCAAGAUACACCACGACCAGCCAGUUAAGCCUCUGGACAGAGCUGUCUUCUGGAUUGAAUUUGUCAUGCGUCACAAAGGAGCAAAGCACUUGAGACCAGCUGCUCACCAUCUCACCUGGUACCAGUACCACUGCCUGGAUGUUCUGGCAUUCUUGUUCACCUGUGCAGCCAUUGCUGUCUUCAUUCUUGUCAAGUGCUGCUUAUUUUGCUGUAGGAGAUGUGGCAGGAUUGCAAAGAGGAAGAAGGAAUAGACAUCCUGUUCCCAUCAGCAG